AUCCAGACUUGGAGCUAGACUGUAGGAAGUCCUUGGUGUGCUACGGGCACAUUCAACAUGGAUCAGGGGGCUCUGAGAAAACUGGUGGAAUCUGUCAGUAAAACUGUCAAGAGCUUCAAAAAAUGUGAAGUAGAGUGUCUUAUAAAACUUUUUCACAGCUUCAUGGAAAAAAAUGAUAACACUGGGCUAGAUCGUAGUACAUUUCAAGAGAUCCUGCUCAACAUAUUUGGGAUGACUGAUGAUGUGCUGAUGGACAGGGUGUUUUGUGCUUUUGACAGAGACAAAGAUAACUACAUAAAUGUAGAAGAGUGGAUUAGAGGAUUAUCAGUGUUUCUUCGAGGAACUUUUGAAGAAAAGCUGAAGUUCUGUUUUGAAGUUUAUUACUUGAAUGGAGAUGGUUACAUAUCUCGAGAGAAGAUAUUUGACAUGCUGAAGAACAGUAUACACCAAGAGUCAUAUGAAGAAGAGACUGAUGAAGGAAUAAGAGAGUUGGUAGAUAUAAUACUUACAAAAAUGGAUUAUGACAACGAUGGCAAGGUAUCUUUCACAGACUUUGAAAAAGCAGUGAGACAAGACAAACUUCUGUUGGAGGUGUUUGGGCCAUGUUUACCAGAAGCAAAGAAUUGCCUUCAUUUUGAAGCCCUGGCUUUCAGAAACAUCAUGACUUACAGUUUUUGAAUGUGAACUGCUCAGUAUUUCUAUUAAAACAAGAAACAGAUACGGGUUUCCUCUCUUUUAUUUGUAUGGUAAAGUGCCUAUACUGCCUUCAAUUUACAUGUUGUUAUAAUGUGGAAGGUAAUGUUAUAUAAUAUGAACAAAGUAA